AUGUAUAACUCGAACCACAAAACUUGCCAUUCGAGUCCAUUGAAUUCAUCAGCUUUGCCUAUUCUAACGGCAGCUAUUGAGUCUCGCCCGCUUCAGCCGAAUCCUCAUCACGCCCGUUCGGUGACGAGCAGUGCCAGCCUAGCAGCGGUAGUGGCGGUCUGCAACACCCCCAAGAACUGUUUGUCAUCGGAUUCGUUUACGCAAUCCGUUGAACCUUCAUCGCGGGAAGCGCUAAAGCAGACCUGCACCACUUCUUUUCUCGAUUCCAAAUCCCUAGGCGGUGGAGGGACUUUUACGUAUCCCACCCGAUUAGGAAGGGUGGGUUGUGAAGAGCAGCCGAUGAGCGCCGGGCUUUUCUCUGACUCUCAGAAUUCCAGCACAUAUGCUAAUGGUGUGUGCUCGUCGCAAGACCGAUUAGCAAAAUCAAAGCAAAGUCGCCAGCACAUUUCUACGUUUGUCGGGGCCCCGGCGUCUAAUACCAUUGUGACAUCACCACAAAACCACAUCAACACAUUGUGUGGACCGUUCCCUAAAGGAAAUUUUACGAUCAGUAAAUCUGAUCAUGAACGUGCACCACCUGCUGACAACCGAAAGCUGGCAACUACCUCGACUAUGAAAGACUCACGUAAUUUAACAUCCAAUGCGGCACUUAAUAACAGACCGCGUGCAGUGAACUACAAUGAGCUUAUGAAGUCCGAACAAAUGGGGUCAAAAUCACUUUUACCUGAUGGAACCCCCAAGCCAUCAGAACCUCAGAGGGGACUUGUUCCGGAGUCUCAUUCCGCUAGACAUCCCCUUGGCUCUGAUCCUGUUGUAGCAAACGGUCCUUCGUUGUCGUCUUUGUUGACAGCGCAAUCUAUGCCCAACCAAAGGGGGGUACAACAGCCCACUUCAAAUAAUGUGGAGGGCUCUUCACAGGUGGCCUUUUUAGAGGGGCCCCUACCACCUGAGGUGCGUGCCAUGAUUGCGGCAGCUUGCGCUUCUUCGGUUCCAAUUGUUCGCUACAAUGAAUUGUCUGCUGGUGUGCCACAUGGGAUUGGGGAAAAUGGUACCCUUACUGUACAGGAGCCCGUUGCGGUUGAUGAAGCCGAGCGACAGGCUCGUCGUUUACUGAGCACUAGUCGUCGGCUUAAGGUUUACCGCGAAGAGCUGCUAACAGCGCAGGCGGAGUUCAGUGAUGUGCAGGGCCUUGUGCAGAAGGAUACCCUUGUGCGGCAGGCCCUGGAAACUGAGCUCGCGGAUAUUGAUAGCAGGAUCGCCGCACUGAUACAGGAACGUGCCUUGUGCGAAGCUCAAUUUCAGCAGCAAGGGAAUCUCCUUGCGCGAGAUUCAGAAAAGCUUGCCAAGGCACAAGAGCGCGUUUCGGUGCUAAACGAAGCUAUUGAGAAUAUGAUGAAGUCAACACAAACGGAUCAGAUGAUGCUGCGUCGACUUGUCCCAAACCUGAAUAUUGAAAAUUAUAUUUGA